AAUGGCGGCGAACAAGGAAGUCACAGUGGAGCAAUUGUACUCGCAGUUACAAGUUUGUGGGAAAAAAGGAGACUACGCAAAGGGAUUCAAGAUUGCAUCACAGAUUUUAGGCAAAUCACCAGAUGACGCCGCGGCCUUUCACUGCAAGAUCGUGUGCUUAGUACAACAGUCGAAGUUUAAGGAUGUUUUACAGCUUCUGAAGAGUCAUCGCAAGCACAGCGAGGAGCUUUGUCUUGAGAAAGCUUAUUGCCAUUACCGACUCAACAAUUUGCAGGAAGCAAAGCGCCUUUUAGAAUCAAUGACGAAUCGCACGUCUGUUCACAAUGAACUGCUUGGUCAAGUUCUUUACCGUCUAGAAAAUUAUGAUAGCAGUCUGGGCUUUUACAAAGAUUUGAUUCGGCAUUCACAGGAUGAAUAUGGGGAUGAACGUAGAGCAAAUAUGUCAGCUGCAUUAGUUGGGCAACUUAGUGUAUCUCCCGAUCACUGGGAGGAGAAUGUUGCUUCUCAGCUGUCUACGGACACUUAUGAGUUAUGCUAUAAUCGUGCUUGCAUGCUGUUAUACCAACAACAUCAUACAGCAGCAGAGGAGAUGCUACAAAAGGCAGAGGAUCUCUGUCGCAAAAGUUUACAAGAUGAUCCCGAUGUUGUUGAAGAAGACAUCGAAGAAGAGCUUGCUGUGAUAAGAGUUCAGAGAGGAUAUGCACUCCAACUUCAGGGAAAGUUGGAUGCUGCGACAAAGUUGUAUGCCCAUGUUCUCAAAUCUAAGCCUGAUGACAUUUCUGUGGCAGCCGUAGCAUCAAAUAAUUCAAUAUCAAUUAAUAAGGAUCACGACAUAUUUGAUUCAACCAAGAAAGUAAAAGCUCUGUCUUCCGAUAAUCUACAGCCUAAGCUCACACAUUUGCAGAAGAGAUGUAUGCUGCUAAAUCGUUGCCUCCUGCUGUUGUACACAAAUCAGGUCGAUCAAUUGAAUCGCCUUAUAUGGAAGCUUGACCAGUCUACUGAAUUGCCAGUGUUGCUGCGUGCAUCUCAGGCCUAUAGAGACAGGCGAAUACGAGAUGCCAUGCAAAUAUUGGAGGAGUAUGUGAGGCAACAUCCAGACAGUGCUAUGAAGGCUCAACUGACUUUGGCUCAAAUACAGCUGGCGCAAGGUCUUGUGGAGGAAGCUUGCUUUGUACUGCGAUCGCUCACUUCAUUGCAGCAUUCUCUUGGAAUGGUGUCGACUCUAGUUGCCUUAUAUCAGGUUGUCAACCGAAUUGACAAGGCAAAAGAAGUUAUCAAGGAAGCUGUCAACUUUUGGAGGGAACGAAAAACUGAAGAGAAGUCGUCUAGUUAUUUUCUAGAGCUCCUGCAACGAUAUUCACUUUUUCUGUUGCGAUACAGUGGUGCUAAAGAAGCAGCUGUUGUGCUUGAAGAAUUACGAAAAGAAAAACCAAAUGACCUUCAUGUAGUGGCUCAACUUAUUUCAGCUUAUUCACAAUUUGAUGCUAAACAGGCUGAAAAAUUAAGUUCGUCAUUGCCUGCUCUAGAUGCUGAAAAAUCUUUAGUGGAUGUGGACUCUUUAGAGGACUCACCAGCAGGGUUUAGACAAACACGUCGUGCUGCUGUAGCUGCAGCAAGCAAAGCGCAACCAGACAAGAGUGGCUUACCUGUUCCUAAAUUGAAGGAGAAAAAGAAGAGGAAGAAGAAGAAGGGCAAAUUGCCCAAGAACUAUAACCCGGAUGUAGAUCCAGAUCCAGAGCGAUGGUUGCCCGUCAGAGAACGGUCUUAUGCGAGAAAGAAGCACAAGAAAACAACGGGUACAGUAGGAAAGGGAACACAAGGAGCAGCACCUGAAAGCCCUCGGACAUCAGCCGAUUCGACUGCAAAAUCUGAAGCCUCCCCUCGAGCUCCAGCUGCCUCUGCAUCUGGUACAGCAACAGCAGCCGCCGUCUCUUCUCGAACACCGCAGCAACAUCAGGCACAGCAACCCGCUGGAAAGGCUGCACAACAAGCGAAAAAGAAGCAGGCAAAGAAGAAGAAAGGAAAGGGAUGGUGACGAGCACUCUCGUGUUUGUACAGGUGUUACGUUUUGUGAGACAGUAGGCGAAAACUGUAUCUCAAUAUGUUGAGUUUUUCUUGAAGUUUUAAACAAGCAAAAGGUUAACUAGCUACUGAAACAGGUUUUGUCUGAUACAUC